AUGCUUUGUAGGAUCUUUGUGCGGCAUUUUAAGGAAUUGGCGAGGGAACUUGGACUGUUGCGGAAACGGACACUCUCAGCGUCUAGUGGCAGUAAAUGCUCACGGUCUCCAAGUCAGCCUUUUGAAUACCUUAUAGUUUUGGACUUUGAAUCCACUUGCUGGAAGGAGAAAAAAUUCCAAACACAGGAAAUAAUUGAGUUCCCAGCAGUGCUUCUAAAUACAGCCACAGGCGAUAUUGAGAGCGAGUUCCAGUAUUACGUCCAGCCACACGAACAUCCUAUACUCAGUGACUUCUGUCAUGAACUGACUGGCAUCACUCAGGAACUGGUCGAUGAAGGUAUUCCACUGAGGCUUUGCCUGAAAAAGUUCUCUAAGUGGUUAGAUGGUCUGUGUAGAGACAAAGGGAUAGCAUUCUCACCCGUCCUCAGAGGCCGACAGUCCAGCUCUAAGGCUGCCACAUUCGUCACCUGGUCAGACUGGGAUCUUGGUGUUUGCCUUUUCAAUGAGUGUAGAAGAAAGCAACUGUUGAAGCCACCACAACUGAACAGCUGGAUUGAUCUGAGGGCGACAUACAGGAAGUUUUACAACCGACGUCCACAGGGAUUAAAUGGAGCUCUACAGGACCUCGGUAUCACAUUUGAGGGGCGUCAGCAUUCAGGUCUGCAUGAUUCCCGUAACACUGCCCGGCUGGCCUGGAGGAUGGCCAAAGACGGAUGUGUGUUGACCACCACUAAAAGUCUCCUGUCGAGUUUGGAAUCGGGUGUUAAGAUGGGAUUACCAAAAGCAAUGCCUGUUGAUAGUAGCACAGCUGUAACAAAACUUGUGUCUGGUGAACACCACAUUGCUGUCCGGGAGACCCUCCCUGCUGUCCAAGCCUUACACAGUCCCAGUACAAGUCCGUGUAACAAGAGGAGGAAAACAGACACACGUUUAUCACCAUGUCUUGGUAUCUCACAUUCCUCACCCACUAGAAAAACCAUUAUGCCUACAGCUGUUUCUGGUCAAAGGACUGUCAGGAAAACCAGUGACAGUCGAGAAAUUGUUACAAUGGUCUCCAGUCCAAGGUCUGCUAAAAGUAAAAUACCUGUUAGGUCCCCAAAGGCUGCAGUGAAUAGGAAGCUUCCAUCAACAACAAAAAUAUCCAUAGUAGAUCAGAUUUAUAGAGAUCCCUCUCACGAGGAAAUAUCAACAGCGGAUCUAUUAUCCACACCAAAUGUUAAAAAACAGCUAAGUACAACUGGUCUUCGAUCCAGAGACAAUAGCAUCACUUGUAAUACUCAACAUCUGAACCAGACAUCCAACAGGAACAGAACAGUAUUUCAAACUCCACAGAACUGUAAGACAACAAUUCCAAACAUUCAGUGUAAUGUUUCUGCAAGUAGAUCAGUAAAGUUGACUAAGAAUCUGUCUAUUUCCACCUCGUUCAAAACUCCUAGUCAUGUUGGCCACCCUCAAUCAAGAACUUCAAACUCUUCUUUGGUGUCACUAGAAAACACAGCAGGACAGAAAAGCUUGACCUCAUUCUGUGGUUUUGUAACCCCAACCAAUUCCUCCAUCAAAACACCAAACAGCACUACCAGUAGUAUGAAAGGAACACCGCCUUUAUGUGGGUGUGGCAAGCGGUCGAAGAGGCGCAUGGCUCAAACACCGGGGCCCAACAUGGGCAGAUUCUUCUUCACCUGUGGGGCUGGAUCACGCCCAAGUAAUCCACAAGAUAAGAGGAAAGGUUGUGAAUUUUUUAAAUGGGAAUCGACCGUCGGGACACAUAUAAAUUCUAGCUACAGCAAUUCUUACCAAAGCAGUACAAACAGAUCUAAUACUAGCUUACCAUUCAAACAGGUUGGGAUGACAAAGGGGUUUCCACAACGCAAAAGUCUGGGUGUGAGAUCUGCUGGUCUCCGGCCUCCAAUUAGGUGAGAAUGUAUGCAAACAUGGCAUAUACAUUACCAAAAAUAGCACAUAUCAGUCUCAGGGAAAUUUGGGACUUUUUGUAUGGAAACAUAAGAAUUCAUCAGAUGUUUACUUGUAAAAAUAAGAUAAUACUGUACUUAUAAUUUCUCCCCUUUAUUUUCGAUAAGAUUACAAGUUUUCUUUACAGUUAUUACAUCAAACAUUUAUAGCUUGAAUAAAAAAUAAAUUGAAUAUGUCUUAGUCAUAUAGUCAAUGCAUUCUGUAAAAUCUGAAACCUUAAAUGAAAACACACAUUUUUAAUCAAAAUUAGUUGUAUUUUGACAGCGUAAUAAAAUGUACAACUAUUACAAAUAACAUAAUCAAGGUUAUUUGACAGUAUCAAUUUCUUUCCUUUGAGUAGACAUGUGUUUACUUUUCAAGAGUUAAUUUUAAUCAUGCAUGAAAUGAAACAGUAUGCAAGGGUUUUUACGGUAUAUGCCUCGACGUUUUCCUUGGGGAUUUUAUAAUAAAUUGUAAUAUUUAUGAUUUUGUGAAUAAUUGGAAUAAGCUUACUAUGCUACAUUAUUUCCCAUAUUGCCUGUUUUACUGUUCAUGUUAAACCUAUUAGUGUCUGGGUUGUGUCCACGUGUGGUUUUAAUCUAUGAUAAAUGGUUUUAAUCUAUGAUAAAUGUUCUCCUUUUGUCUGGACACCAUGGAAUAUGUUUGUAGAUUAUUUAAUAAUUGAUAGCAUUAUCCGGUUCAUCUAUAAUGACAAACAUACAAAGUAAAGGUUGGUCAGUAGAAUUUUAAUAGAGACAUGUGUUGGUAUGGAUACAGGAAGUUCUUUUGGCAGCAGUUGAUUAUUGGCCAAUAUAUUCUCGAGUUGUAGCGAUAAAAUCACGAUUUCUUGCCUCAUGGACUUCUGACUUAUCCACGUUUGACAUACACAUGAAAACAGUAUAUCCACUCAAAAAUGUUUGUGAGGCUUGGUAAGGAUUCCAUAUUGUUCUUCACGUUAUUUCUGUUGUAUAGGAAUGAGAAGGAUACUUAACAAAUCUGCUGGGUUCUGUAUGCUGGAUGUAUCUGUCAGUCUUAGUUGGCGAGAUGACAAUAUGUGGUACAUUUUGUAGUAUUGUUUGGCUUUCUGCAUUGACUUGCUGAAUUUUUAGUGAUUAUUUUAUGUCAUAGAGAGAUCAAAUUUAAGCAGAACCAUUUUACUGUUUUUUUCAGUUGAGUAAUACUUGUUAAAUUUGACAGUCUUCCUGUUUCAUUUGUUAUUAAAUCAGAAAAUCGUGAUUCAUUCACUUUUUAAAAUAUCGGGUAAUCAAUUCAGAAGUUCAUACAAUAAUUGUCGAACUGUUUGCGAUAGGUCUUACAUGAAAUGAACCCGUUGUAGUUGAUGUUCGUGUUAGCGAAUGUCAUUAAUUUUCAGGAAUAUAUUUUCUUUGUUUAAUCUGAACAAUUUAAUAAUCCUGAAAAUUGUAAUUACACGUACACCAAAAGCGCAUGCGAUGGAGCAAUUCUGAUCCCCUCGUGACAUUUCUCUAAACUGUUUUUAUUUCGUGGCACUUGACAUUGAACAUCACUUUAUGUUAACAGUUGAAUUAUACGUGAAAUAAAGAUAAAAAUGUUAAAUUUGAAAGACAUU